UUUCUGACUUCAUUUUGGGUAAACUGCUGGAAUGGCAGCCGGGCCCUGAGGAGCCUGGUGUUGGGAGACUCCUGAAGACUUGCGCUUCACUGGUAGCGAUGGACUACGAGAGAAGAGGUGGUCGAGGGGAUCGGACUGGCCGCUAUGGUGCCGUUGACCGGAGCCAGGACGAGGGCCCUGAAGGUCGCAGCCAGAGAGACCACGACUACAGAGAUAUGGAUUAUCGAUCCUACCUGCGAGAUUUCAACAACCAGGAGCCCGCCAAUGACUAUGAUGACUCCUCUGAGGAGCACAGUGUGGAGGAUCCCUAUGAGGCCUCCUCUGGACCAGAGCCGCCACGCAGAAAACGGGAUAGUCCCAAUGACCAUAUGGGAUUUCCCGGGGACGGCGACUACCGAGAUCAGGACUACCGAACGGAGCAGGAGGAGGAGGAGCAGAAGGCCAGCAGCAUCAUCAUGUUGAGGAUGCUGCCCCAGUCCGCCACCGAGAACGACAUCCGGGCCCAGCUGCAAGCGCACGGAUUCCAACCCCGGGAGGUGCGGCUUAUGCGGAAUAAAGCCUCAGGUCAGAGCCGGGGCUUCGCCUUCGUCGAGUUUAAUCACUUGCAGGACGCUACACGAUGGAUGGAAGCCAAUCAGCACUCCCUCUCCAUCCUCGGCCAGAAGGUCUCCAUGCACUACAGUGACCCGAAGCCCAAGAUCAAUGAGGACUGGCUCUGCAGUAAGUGUGGAGUGCAAAAUUUCAAGCGCAGAGAAAAAUGUUUCAAGUGUGGAAUUCCCAGAUCUGAAGCUGAGCAGAAGCUACCCCCAGGUAGCCGCUUGGACCAGCUGGUGGCUCUGUCAGGUCGUGAGCUCAGCCAAGGCCUUCUGCCCCUGCCACAACCAUACCAGGUAUCUGCUGCCCUGUCUGCUCAGCCCGUGGCCCAGAUGUCUGAACCCUGCGCCGAGAACGCAAACGACACUAUCAUCUUGCGGAAUCUAAACCCUCACAGCACGAUGGACUCCAUUUUGAACGCCCUGGCACCCUACGCGGUUCUCUCCUCCUCCAACGUCCGGGUCAUCAAGGACAAGCAGACUCAGCUGAACCGCGGUUUUGCUUUCAUUCAGCUCUCCACCAUUGUGGAGGCAGCUCAGUUGCUGCAGAUCCUGCAGGCCCUCCACCCGCCCCUGAACAUCGAUGGCAAGACAAUUAACGUGGAGUUUGCCAAAGGGUCCAAGCGGGACAUGAGCUCAUCAGACGGAAACCGCAUCAGCGCCGCUUCGGUUGCCAGCACAGCGAUCGCAGCGGCACAGUGGGCUAUCUCUCAGGCAUCACAGGGUGGUGAGGCAGGUUGGGCGGCUCAAGAGGAGCAGUCUGCGGAUUACGGCUACUACCAGCAAGAAGAGGCCUAUGGGGGUCAGGGUUCGGAGGCCACGGCGUAUCCCCAGGCGUACCUGAAAGGCUCCCAGCCGCAGGCAGGCACAUCCAUGGCAGCGGCUAUCGGGAAGGCCGAGAAGGGCCACGGUGAGGGGACAGGAGCUGAGACGUCUUUAGAGCCUGGUGUGCCAGGCAUAGACCCAGUGCCUGUCCUACCCGGUUUCUCCCGUACCGGCCAGACCUCGGCUGUGCCAGUCACGUACCAGCCAGCUGGCAGCGGCGAAGGGGCAAGCUCCGCCCAGGGAAAUUCGACAGCUGCUCAGUCUCAGCCAUACACCAUUGUCUCGCCGGCUGUGCUGAAGCCCGACGUGCCCGGCUCUUCUCAGCCCACCGGCGCCACUCCCGGAGCAUCCGGCGGCGGCACGAAUCCGCCUGCGACUGGAUCUGUGGGGCAAGAACCUUACACACAGUACCCUGUUCCAGAUGUCUCCACCUACCAGUACGAUGAAACCUCUGGCUACUACUAUGACCCCCUGACUGGCCUUUAUUACGACCCUAAUUCCCAGUAUUACUACAAUGCCCAGACGCAGCAGUACCUGUACUGGGAUGGCGAGAGGCGCACCUACAUCCCAGCCUCGGACCAGACUUCUGACGGCCAUAAGGAUGGCAGUUCAGGGGGCGGCAAGGAGGGCAAAGAGAAAAAGGAGAAGCACAAAACUAAAACAGCUCAGCAGAUCGCCAAAGACAUGGAGCGGUGGGCCCGUAGCCUCAACAAGCAGAAGGAGAACUUCAAGAACAGCUUUCAGCCCAUCUCCUCCGUACGAGAGGAUGAAAGGCGGGAAUCAGCCACGGCCGACGCUGGCUAUGCCAUCCUGGAAAAGAAGGGGGCACUGGCCGAGAGGCAGCACGGUGGCAUAGACCUGUCCAAGCUUGGUGGUGACGACAGAUUGAGUCCCCCCCGAGGAUUAGUUGCCGCGUACAGCGGCGAGAGCGACAGCGAAGAGGAGCAGGAGAAGGCAGCCGACCGGGAAGAGAAGCUCACCGACUGGCACAAGCUGGCCUGCCUGUUGUGUCGCAGGCAGUUCCCCAGCAAAGAGGCGCUCAUCCGUCACCAGCAGCUCUCGGGAUUGCACAAGCAAAAUCUGGAAAUCCAUCGGCGGGCGCACCUAUCCGAGCAGGAGCUUGAGGCGCUCGAGAAGAACGACAUAGAGCAAAUGAAGUAUCGGGACCGCGCAGCCGAGCGGAGGGAGAAGUACGGCGUCCCGGAGCCGCCGGAACCCAAGAAGAGGAAGUACUCGGCUGUGACGCCAGCCACUGUGGAUUUUGAGCAACCGACGCGAGACGGGCUGGGCAGCGACAACAUCGGCAGCCGGAUGCUCCAGGCCAUGGGCUGGAAAGAGGGAAGCGGGCUGGGCCGCAAGAAGCAGGGUAUCGUCGCUCCUAUCGAGGCCCAAACGCGGGUGCGCGGGUCUGGCCUAGGCGCCCGCGGGAGCUCCUACGGGGCGGUAGCGUCCGAGUCCUACCGGGAAGCCUUGCACAAGACCAUGCUCACUCGUUUCAACGAGACGGAAUGAGGGACUCUGGGAAGAGCCGUCGCCCCCUGUACAGUAUUUUGCUGCUGACUGAUCUCCCCCCUCCCC